UGGUCCCUGCGAAAUUCGGGAUUAAAUUGGGAGAGACCGCUUGAGGGAAAUGGAUUCUGUACCCUCACUGGCCAGCGUUUUGACUUUACUAUUCUCCGUCUUGUGGCAUAUAGGAUCUACAGCUACAAACUAUAACUGUGAUAACCCAUUAUCAGCCCUGCUGCCUCCAACAGCCUUUUCCAGUUCAUCAGAACUCUUCGGCACUCCCAGCCCAGCCCAACUCAACAGAAGAAUUGGAGCUGGUGGUUGGUCCCCAGUGAAUUCUAAUACUCAACAAUGGCUCCAGAUUGAUCUAGGAAAUAGAGUGGAGAUUACUGCAGUGGCUACCCAGGGAAGAUAUGGAAGCUCUGACUGGGUAACAAGCUAUAUGCUGAUGUUUAGUGAUACAGGACAUAACUGGAAGCAAUACAAGCAAGAAGACAACAUCUGGACUGUUUCAGGAAACACCAAUGCUGACAGUAUUGUGCACCACAAAUUUUCACACUCAGUGAAAGCCCGAUUCAUCCAAUUUGUCCCAAUGGAAUGGAAUCCAAAUGGAAAGAUAGGCAUGAGGGUGGAAGCCUACGGAUGCUCGUAUAAAUCAGACGUUGCUGACUUUGACGGCAGAAGCUCCCUCCUGUACAGAUUCAAUCAGAAGCUAAUGAGCACUUUUAAAGAUGUGAUUUCUCUGAAGUUCAAGAGCAUGCAAGGAGAUGGGGUCUUGUUCCAUGGAGAAGGCCAGCAUGGAGAUUACAUUACACUGGAGCUCCAGAAGGGGAGACUCUCCUUACAUAUCAACCUAGGUGACAGCAAACGUCGUUUCAGUAACAGCCAGCCUUCAGUUACACUAGGCAGUCUCCUGGAUGACCAGCACUGGCACUCAGUCCUCAUUGAGCGGUUCAAUAAGCAAGUGAACUUCACAGUGGACAAGGACACUCAACAUUUCCGGGCAAAAGGAGAUGGGGACUAUUUGGACAUUGAUUAUGAGCUCAGUUUUGGAGGGAUUCCAGUCCCAGGCAAACCAGGAACAUUCCUGAAGAAAAACUUUCAUGGAUGUAUUGAAAACCUUUAUUAUAAUGGAGUUAACGUAAUUGAUUUGGCCAAAAGACGCAAGCAUCAGAUCUACACUGUGGGCAAUGUCACUUUUUCCUGCUCAGAACCACAAAUUGUUCCCAUCACGUUUGUCAACUCCAGUAGCAGUUAUUUGUUACUGCCCGGCACCCCUCAAAUUGAUGGGCUCUCAGUUAGUUUCCAGUUUCGAACUUGGAACAGAGAUGGUCUGCUCCUGUCAACAGCGCUGUCAGAGGAUUCUGGAAUCCUGCUGCUCUACCUGGAGGAUGGGAUGCUGAGGCUUGUUAUCCAGAAAAUGACAGAACGCUCCAUGGAAAUCCCCACAGGAAGCAACCUGAAUGAUGGCUUGUGGCAUUCAGUUAGCAUCAAUGCCAGAAGGAACCGCAUUACUUUGACACUGGAUAAUGAUGCAGCAUCGGCUGCUCAUGAAACCACUCGGCUGCAGAUUUACUCUGGGAACAGCUACUAUUUUGGAGGGUGCCCAGACAAUUUCACCGAUUCCCAAUGUUUAAAUCCCAUUAAGGCUUUCCAAGGCUGCAUGAGGCUCAUCUUUAUUGAUAACCAGCCCAAGGACCUCAUUUCAGUUCAGCAAGGUUCCCUGGGGAAUUUUAGUGAUUUACACAUUGAUCUGUGUAGCAUCAAAGACAGAUGUUUGCCAAACUACUGUGAACAUGGAGGAAUGUGUACUCAGUCCUGGGCCACCUUUUACUGUAACUGCAGUGACACAGGUUAUACUGGAGCCACAUGCCAUAACUCGAUCUAUGAGCAAUCAUGUGAAGCCUACCGGCACAAGGGAAACACAUCUGGCUUCUUCCACAUUGAUUCAGAUGGCAGUGGGCCCCUAGAGCCACUCUACGUUUACUGCAAUAUAACAGAGGAUAAGAUCUGGACUGCCGUGCAGCAUAACAACACAGAGCUCACUCGAGUGCGAGGGGCACAUCCCAAGAGGCCCUAUGUCAUGUACUUUAACUACAACAGCAGCAUGGAGCAGCUGGAGGCGAUAAUCAACAGUGCAGAGUACUGUGAGCAGGAGGCCGCUUACCAUUGCAAGAAAUCUCGUCUGCUGAACACCCCUAAUGGCAUGCCUUUUACAUGGUGGAUUGGAAGAGCCAACGAAAGGCAUCCCUACUGGGGAGGUUCCCUUCCUGGAGUUCAGCAAUGUGCAUGUGGACUGGAGGAGAGUUGUGUGGACAUAAGGCACUUCUGUAAUUGCGAUGCAGACAAAGAAGAAUGGACAAAUGACACUGGCCUUCUUUCCUUCAAAGACCACUUGCCUGUCACCCAGAUAGUUAUCACUGAUACCAACAGAUCAAACUCAGAAGCUGCCUGGAGAAUUGGCCCAUUACGUUGCUAUGGCGACCGGCAUUUUUGGAAUGCAGCCUCAUUUAAUACAGAAGCCUCUUACCUUCAAUUCCCCACCUUUCAUGCAGAGUUCAGUGCUGAUAUUUCAUUCUUUUUCAAAACCACGGCUUUAUCUGGCAUCUUCUUGGAAAAUCUUGGCAUUAAAGACUUCAUUCGACUGGAAAUAAGCUCUCCUUCAGAAGUCACUUUUGCCAUUGAUGUUGGGAAUGGCCCCAUGGAGCUCACAGUUCUCUCUCCAUCCCCCCUGAACGACAAUCAAUGGCAUUAUGUACGGGCUGAAAGAAAUCUCAAACUGACUUUGCUCCAGGUGGAUGACCUUCCAACAAAGAUACUGGAGACACAAGAGGAGGGGCAUUUUCGAUUGCAGCUAAACAGUCAUUUUUUUGUAGGUGGCACAACAUCAAGACAGAAAGGAUUCCUAGGAUGUAUCCGCUCCUUACAUUUAAAUGGACAGAAUCUUGAUCUUGAGGAAAAAGCCAAGGUCACAUCUGGAGUCAAGCCUGGAUGCCCUGGACACUGCAGCAGUUAUGGCAACCUUUGUCACAAUGGAGGGAAGUGUGUAGAGAAGUAUAAUGGCUACCUCUGUGACUGUACCAACUCUCCAUAUGAAGGACCCUUUUGUAAAAAAGAGGUUUCUGCAGUUUUUGAAGCUGAUACUUCUAUUACCUAUGUUUUCCAAGAGCCUUAUCCAGUGACCAAGAAUACAAGUCUUUCCUCCUCAGCCAUUUAUGUAGAUGCUAUGCCAUCAUCCAAGGAGAAUAUUGCAUUUAAUUUUUUGACGGGCCAAACACCCAGCCUUCUGCUGUACAUUGACUCUUACUCUCAGGACUACUUGGCUGUUCUUCUCUGCAAGAAUGGAAAUUUACAGGUUCGAUUUCAGCUGAGUAAGGAAAGAGUCCAUGUGUACACCAUCGAUGUGGAAAACUUUGCCAACAGACAAAUACACCAUGUGAAGAUUAACAGAGAUGGGAAAGAGCUCACUAUUCAGGUGGACCAACAUCCUGUGUACAGAUAUAACUUCUCAGAGGUUGACUUCCGGGCUGUAAAGUCCCUCACAUUGGGCAAAGUCACAGAUAGCCUGGGACUAGAUGCUGAAGUCUCCAAAGCGAACACCAUUGGAUUUAUUGGAUGCCUGUCAUCAGUCCAGUAUAACCACAUAGCACCACUGAAGGCAGCCCUGCGCCACCCCAGCAUUGCACCUGUCACUGUGAAAGGUGUUUUGGCGGAGGCUAAUUGCAGAUCUGUAAUAGAAGCAGAUGUAAACACAGUGACAACAGUAUACUCUUCAUCAGAUCCUUUUGGGAAGACAGAUGAACGGGAACCCCUCACCAAUGCAGUUAGGAGCGAUUCGGCUGUCAUUGGAGGUGUAAUAGCAGUGGUGAUAUUCGUCAUCUUCUGCAUCAUUGGUAUCAUGACUCGAUUCCUUUACCAACAUAAACACUCACAUCGAACUAACCAGAUGAAAGAGAAAGAAUACCCAGAAAAUUUGGACAAUUCCUUUAGAAAUGACAUUGAUUUGCAGAACACAGUAAGCGAGUGUAAACGGGAAUAUUUCAUCUGAUGGACUCAAUGAUCCCCACAAAUUCUUUUUCCCCCUUCUUUCUGUUUUCUACUUCCUCCUUAUUUAUUUCCCUUUUCCUUUUGAGAAGACCCUAUCCUUACCCUUACCCAAACCCCAAGAAACUCCCAACAACUAUUACACCACCUCCUCUGCACAAGCCUGUCCUGGUGACAACGACCACUCAAGAGACCUGCUAUACUACUUUAGACCGAAUAAGAGCCACAUGUGUGCAUGGUUGCCUAUUGAGUUUUUCUAUUUCCACAGUUUGUAAAGUACUUUCUUAUGUUCCACAUUUACUCAGUCUCACAGAUCUGCAUCUACACUAUGUGGUUAGCAGUGCAGGAAUUCAUUUAUAAACCUCUUCCUGAACCCCAUGCUUCCAUUUGUGGAAUAGAGACAAGAGAGAAAUCCUGGAUUCCUGAUUUGUUUCUGUGGCACCUUAAA